GUGGUGCGACCCGGAUGGGGACAUGUCUAACUUGCCCCGGAAGAGCAGCCGCCAGCCCUGCCCUGCGUGGCCACCUGGGCAGACACACGGGCCACCAUGCCGCUGCCUUUGGAACCGGCCCUGAGUGAGCUUGUGGCGCGCAAGGAGGAGGAGUGGCGAGCCCUGCAGGCCCAGCAGAGCCAGCUGAAGGAGGCCGCACUGCAGGAUGCGCAGGAACGGCUGCGGGAAGCACAGAGCGAGCUGUGUCACCUGCGGGAAGACUUUGUAUACAAUCUGGAGCUGCUGGAGGAGCGGGACCAUGAGCUGGACCGCUAUGACACUGCCUUCGCCCAGGCUCGCCAGCUGGAGGGAGUGCGGCAGGUCGAGUUGAGCGAGCUCAAGAUCCAGGUGGCCAAGCUGCGGCAGGCGCUAACGCGGGAGACCCAAAAGGUGGAGGAGUUGCAGCAGCAGCAGCAACGGACGUGGAAGGAGCACCGGCUGCAGCUGGACCGGCUGCACAGUGACAGGAACGGAGAGAUCGACCAGCAGCGUGAACAAUAUGCCAGGCUGAAGUGGAAGCUGGAGAAGAAGCUGCAGGAGCUGGACAGUGAGCUGGCACUCCAGAAGCAGGAACUGAUGAUAGACUUCAAGUCUGAGCUGCAGAGGAGGGAGCAUGAGUUCCGCCUGAAGGCCGACAGCAUGAGCCAGAUAGUCCUGGCCAAUGAGCUCAAGAUGCGGGUGCUGAGCCAGGAGUUGGACACCUUGAAGGCCGCAGGUCUGCGGGCCACAGAGUCACUGAGGGACGUGGAGGCAGAGCGCAUGGAGUUGCAGGACGAGCUGCAGCGCAAGGAAUGGGCCAUUCAGGAUGUCACUGCUGUCAAGGAUGCCCGGAUCAAAGACCUUGAGGACCAGCUUCACACUGUGCAGCUCAGCAGGAAGAAAGAGGAGGAGGCUUUUCAGAGGAAGCACGAGGAGCUGGACCGUGUGGCCCGGGAGAAGGACGCAGCGCUGGUGUCGGUGAAGGAUGCCCACAUGGAGCAGCUGCGGGGGCUGGAGGCCCGGAUCCGGGAGCUCGAGGCACAGUGCCAGAUGCUCGAGCGGCAGCUGCGCCGGGCUGAGUGGAAGUGGGAGGACACAGUCCAGGAGAAGGAUGCGCUCAUUGACAAGCUCCGUGAGGAAGCUGCCACCCUGAAACUGAGCUUGGAUACCCAGAUGGCUCAGCUGACCCAGGAGGCAGUGGCCAAAGACCUUCAGCUUCAGGCUCUGCAGGAGCAGGAGGCAAAGUUCAAGGCACAACUGGCAGGGAGUCAGCGGGACGUGGACAGGUACCGACAGCAGCUGGCUCAGUCGAUGUGCAGGGAGCAGAACCUGCAGCGGGAAAAGGUGCAGGUGGAGCUGGACUGGCAGCGACGCUGUGACGAUGUGGAAACAGAGCUGCACAGACGGACAGAGAACCUGGUGCAGGAGCUGACCUCAGCCAGGGAGCAGGAGGCUGCCCGGCUGCAGGAGGCAGAGCGGCUGCUGUGUGAGCGAGAGGCUGUGGUGAAGGCCGUGAGCCUGGAGAGAGACAAAGCCGUGGAGGCACUGAAGAUACAGAGCUGCACCUCUUUCCCGGAGAAGGAGGACACACAGGAGGAGGCAGCAGUUGGCGGCUUCCCCUCUUCUGAGAUCCUGAGGCUGCAGCAGCACAACACCAACCUGCGCUGUGCCAUCACCCAGAUGAGGAAGGAGAUGGAGGCGCUGAGCUGCCAUGUGGGGACACAGGUCCCCUCGACAGCCCAGACAACCACAUGCCCUCCCGAUUCUGUUCUGGGCCUGGAGACAGAAAUACAAAGCCUGAAGCAUAAAUUUAAGAGCCUAGAGGAACAGCUGAAAGACAUGUUGGAUGCUUCCAAGACGUCGCUGGCCUGUGUCCCCACGAAGGACUGUGCUGGAGCCUUACCUGCUGGUGGCGCCAUGGGACUAGCGCUGAGGAGCCUGGGUGACAGGAUGCAACUCCUGAGCUUUUUGGUGGCCCAGCUGAGACAGAAGGUGAUGCAGAAACCCCUGGACCUGGACACCAUCCGCUGUGAGCUGCCCUGCCAGGUGGAUCAGGUGCACCUGGAGGUGCGGGAGCUGCAGGGACAGGUGGCUGAGCUGGAGAAGCACCUUGAGACCAGCAGCAAGGGAAGCCACAGCAUUCCCUGCGGGCAACAGCAAGAGGUCAGCGCCCCAGCCUGUAUUCGGGGUCCGAGCAGCGAGGAAGGCCCUGGCGUUCCCUGCAGACAGCAGCAAGAGGACCCAUCUGAAGAGCAGGCCCAGCCGCCCUCAGGGAUGCUGCGUUUGCAGCAGAGGCUGAAGGAGGCCGCCCGGAGGAUCCAGCGGCUGCGCCUGGAGAAGGAGCAGCUGCUUGAACUGGGGAACAAACUCCGUGCGCAGCGGGGGUCCCCCGCAGGGACACCGUGCCACCCCAUCUGCCUCAGCCCCGGGACCCCAAAACCAGGAGAGACAGGCUCAGCCCCUCUGGACUGCGGCCCUGCUAAGGACCGGGCCAGCUGUGCCACUCAGCAGAACUGGAAGAUGGCCAAGAAAGAUCCUGUCUGUAGCCUGGGCCCACAACGGCUACCCUGGAACCAGACCCUAGGCCUGGAUGGAGCAGCAGUGGCCCAGGUGCGGGGGGAGCCGUUAUGUGUGUUGGAGGAAGAAAACUGCAUCACCACUGUCGGCCCACACCGCUGUGCCCCAGAAAAAGAGAGUGGCACUCCAGUUCUACCUGAGAAGGGCCACUCCUCCCAGCAGCCCUGCUCCCUGGCCGGCAGCCCCCUCCAGGACGUGUGGAACAUUCUAGACUUGGGCUCCAGCCCUUCAGACUUUGCCUCCCAGCACGACUCGGCUCCAGAGCCUGGGCCGGCCGCGCCCACCGGGAGCCCCCUGCAUCUCCGCCAAGUGGCCUUCUCGCUGCAGGGCGUGAAGAUGGACCCGCAGGCCAAGGCCAGGCCCACCGGCCCGCUCCGGCCCCCGCAGCGUCCUCAGAGCUGCCUGCGGCCCCCCAAGAUCCGCAACUACAACUGCAAGGACUGA